AUGCGCGUGUUACUUCUCGCGAAAGUAAUGGGACUUCUGUAUGAAAUUAUAGAAGCUUCCCCAGAUCGCAGAGCAGAAUCUGAUACAAUCAAUUCCAGCGAACAGUCCUUGACAGGAACUCUUACUUCUACCGCGAUUGAUGCUACGACUGCGAACCAAAUAACAUCGAAAUCCGAAACUUUGGCCUCGACAAUCGACUCGGAUUUAAUCCCAUGGGUCACCGUCGAUGCCAGCGGACUCGCCUCAACAGUCACUCCCAUCCUCACGACAGUUGAUGGUAAAAUGACAACGAUUGAUGCUGCACCGGCAACAUUGACGGCAACCGGUACUUCUUCUACAUCUGAAGCUACAUCAGGUACAUCUACAUCUGAUGGAGCGGUGCCUACAUCAACGGGAGGUGGAGCGUUUGAACUCUGCCAUAAUCUCAAGGGGAAGUUCGCACCGUUUUGUAAGCCGGAUAAUGGGUCUAGUGUAUAUGUUGAUGAAACAUAUUAUGUAACUUGGGAUACCGAAUUUCUCACCGGCUCGAAUACCUCCGUCUUUAUACAAGCAAACUAUGUGAAUGCUUCGGGUGGAGGUGUACAGGCUUUUCAGUCUAUCCCCACAAGCAACAACCUCGGAUUCAUCGCCUGGACGAUAGAUAAGGUCUGGUUAAAAGGCAUGAGUUUCAACAACGUGACUUUAUACAUCACACCCACGCAAAAAACAGCAGUCUCUUCCGUACAAGGACCAACAUUCAUGGUGACUACUUCACCCGCACCUGAACCAUAUCGUCAAUCUCCAAGCAAAGCUCCUCAUGGUGCCUCCCUCUACAUAGCUCUUCCAACAGUCCUAGCAUUCGUUGUCUUAGUCAUUGGUGGAACAUGUUAUUGCAAUCGCAAGAAUCGCACUAUUGGGAUAGGUAGUGUAAUGGGUGGACGCAGGGGAUACGGAACUGGCUCGAAGAGACAAAGAAUGGGAUUGGGAAAGAAAAAAAAUCGAACAAUUAUGCUGAGAAAUCAGGAAUUGACAGCUGAUGGACAGUAUAGAGAUGUUCCACCAUCGAGGGCAGAGGAUCCGACGAUGCAUUAUAGGGAUGAGAUGAGCUGGGAUAAUGAUGAGCAUUUUAGAGAUGAAGCGAGGUGGCAGGCUACGGCGAGACUCUGA